UAAAAAAAGAAAGAGAAAAAGAAAAAAGCCAGCUCUUUUGGCCAUUGGAUGAGGAAGAAAUAAAAAUCUGUGGCUCUUGUGUGGCAAACUGACCCGUUUUCUUCUGAGAACAUGGAAGCUACCGCAAUGAGACCAAACGCUACCAAACUUCCGGCAAACUGCUCAAUGCCGGUGUCAUUUCUUCAGCCGCCGUCUGCUGCCGGAGUUGUCUUCCUCGUUCCAAAAUCUGUUCGAUUGACUUCCUCAUUUAAGACGCCUAUGAUUGCCCGAGCUUCCGACCCUAAAACUGACCAAGUAAAUCCCAGCACUGAUGAACCUGGCCUUCCUUUCCUACCGCAGGAGGAUUCGAGUUUUUUGGUGAAACUGGGAGUAGGUUCAGUGGCGGGAGGAGCAGCGAUAAAGUACGGAAGUGUAAUUUUCCCAGCGAUAACAACACCAAACAUUUCAGUAGCUCUGUUUAUGAUAUCAGCUCCGAUGAUUGUUGCCGUGGUGCUCUUAUUCUUACAAAGCCGUGCAGAUUCAAAUUCUGCGUGAAAAAGCUCUUCUUUUGUACUAAGGACCUCUAAAAUUUGUACCAAAUGAUUUUUAUAUAUUCUUUCGUGGAUUUUGUAGCUCGUUUUAGU